UAUAUCACAGGCUAUGUGGAAUACUUCAUCACAGCAUGCAUAUUGGACUUUGAGAGGUCCAUUGCCCUUGUAGUCCUCACCAGUUUGGCAGUUGUCUCCAAAGCCUAUGACCUUGUGAAGACAUACCAUGGAGAUAGCAUAACCAAAUGUUUCAUACCAGCUCAAAGAUGCUUCAACAAUUUCCGGGGAUGGAUAAUAGGAGUUUUCGUUGUUGCGGUGCUGGUCCUGCUAGUGACUUGGCUCGUUGUGGACACAAGCAAGCGACCAGAGCAGCUCAUCUCAUUUGGAGGGGUCUGCAUGUUCAUUCUAGUCAUUUUCAUCUUCUCAGCCCACAGGACAGAGGUGGCAUGGAGGUCAGUUUUUUGGGGUCUUGGUUUACAAUUCUGUAUCGGACCUUUUGUCAUAAGGACAGAGCCAGGACUCACAGCCUUCCAAUGGCUUGGAGAGCAAGUGCAGAUAUUCUUGAACUACACAAAACACGGGUCAUCAUUUGUUUUUGGACCACUAGUAUCUGACAUCUUCGCAUUUCAGGCUUUGCCCAUUGUGAUAUUCUUCAGCAGUGUGAUGUCAGUUCUUUAUUUCCUUAGAAUAAUGCAAUGGCUCAUCAUUAAGAUCGCAUGGGUAAUGCAGAUAACGAUGGGAACCUCACCCACUGAGACCUUUGUUGCAGGCAACAUAUUUGUUGGGCCAACUGAAGCGCCAUUGCUGAUUCGCCCCUAUUUGAAGGACAUGACCAAAUCUGAAGUGCAUGCUGUCAUGGUUGGAGGCUUUGCCACCAUUGCAGGAAGUGUGAUGGGUGCAUUCAUCUCAUUUGAGAUUGAUGCAUCCUCUAUGAUAUCUGCCUCUGUAAUGGCUGCCCCAUGUGCCUUGGCAAUCUCCAAGCUGUCCUAUCCGGAGACAGAAGAGAAAACAUUUACAUCAGAGGAAAAUAUCAAAGUGGCUUGUGGUGAUGAACAGAACAUUUUGGAAGCAGCUAGCAGUGGAGCAUCUACAUCAAUAGGCCUUGUGGCUAAUAUAGCUGCCAACUUGAUAGCAUUCCUUGCGAUACUGGCAUUCAUCAAUGCAUCUCUUGGCUGGCUGUGAGGCCUGGUGGGAUUUCCCUCUAUCACAUUUGAGGUACGCUCCAGGCAGCUCCACAUACCUUAAUCCCAUUUCACAUUCAAAGAUCCUUCUGUCUUGACUUGACACCCAUGACUAACCCAGUACUUCGUGAUGAGUGAUGGACAUGCUUUGGCAUUUUUUUAUUUAACAGCGUGUGAUGCAUGGCUGAAUAAUUGUGCACAUCACAAAAUAAGAUAAGA